AGUAUGAAAUGUAAAUUGAUAAUAUACAGUUGUGGCUAUAAUCACGAUAAGGCUAAGUCAUGAAACGAAGAAGUGGAAUUGAACAAUUAUAAACAAAAAGUUUUCGGGAGUGUCAGUUUUUAUUAUAAAUUUACUUAUUUUAUAAAACGUUGCCAUAUUCACAAAAACAGAUAUAUUAGGUAAAUGAUAGUCAAAAAAGAUUAAUAUCAAAUUGUGAAUAGUUGGUAUAUUUGAAAUGAAACUAAUAAAACAGUAAUUUUGAUGAAAAAUGUGGGAACCUUCAAAUUUAGUGGAAAGGCAGUUCAAUGCUGAAACAAGUAGGUUAAUAGGCGAAGCACAAUUGCAUGAGUACGGAUCAUUUUUGGAAACGUAUACUGAAAGAAUUUCAAAACAAAAAGAUGAAUUUUGUAACAAAUAUAGCAUAGCUAUGCAAGUAAUUACCAUUGAAGAUGCUUCACCCACUAGAGAAACAGUGGCUCACCUAAUUUAUUCGGAUAAUAAAAUAUUGAGUAGAAUUCUAGCUACUUUAGGAGGUUUGUGUGAUGAGAUGAGUACACUUAUAUCAGAAGUUGAUGAACUGUAUGCCCCUUUCGUAUUGUAUGAAGAUACAUUCGAUAAAGUGUCAAGACAAGCUUCAAUAAGUAAGAUUUUGGAACCAUUACAUAAAAUCAAUCUUUUUGUUAAAAGGGUGCAAACAAUAUUUAUCCUUUGUUUAAGACAAAUAAGUUGUUUGUUGGUUAAACAUACUUUCGCUUCAAGUCAUUUUCCAGCUUUUCCUGAAGUGUUACACAAGCUUGGUGAUUUAUUGAUAUGUCUAUUGAAAUUUGAUCAUAUUUUAGAUAAUCAAAUAUUAAGGGAUCAUUGGUUUUGGUAUAAAAAAUCGAUAAGAAACAUCUCACAUUCCAAUAAGUUGAAUGUUGAUAAGAAUAAAAUGAGAUAUUUGGAUAAAAUGUUGCAAAUAUUAGAAAAUAAUCUGUUAACGGGUCACAUUUUAAAAAUUAUUAUAGAAAAAUGUUUUGAAGAUAAAAAUUUUUAUUAUCAAAUGAAAAACUGUACACUAAAUCAGGAAGUGCAUCUGUUUAUUACAUACCUGUUGACAGAUUUGGAAAAAAAUGAAGAUGUCGAACCAAAUAUUUGGUUAAAGAUGAAUGUGUUUGUUAUUUUUUACUUCAGUAUCUUUGAAAAUAAUGACAGGAAAAUAUUGAAACGAGUUUUAGAUAUAAACAAGAAACAUUCUGCAUGUACUUUAAUCGGUAAUAUUAUUUGGUAUCCUGAAAAAUUUUUACUCAAACAUUUCAGUAUUUUACAAAAGUAUAUUGAUGAAAGGGCUAUUGAAAAUAAUCGAUUAAAUCUAAUCAGUGUUAAAACUUCCAAUUUCCCGAAAGAAUCUAGUAUAAUUUGUUUAAACGUUUGUUAUUUUUUAAUGGAACUUGAAAAAAUAUCAAAACUUGAUACAAAUAACAUCAAAUCUGGGGACUUUAAUAGCAUAGUAAAUAGUUUAAAUAACGGGAUUAAAUUGUUGAGGAAAAUAAAUUUUUCUGUACAGUGGAUAUUAAAUUUACAUGCCGAUAAAAAUUUGCCAUUACAAAAAUCUGUUUUACUAUCAGUUUGUAAGCUAAUUGAAUUAUUAAAAUGCAUCCCUUUGAUCUGUAAAAAAUAUACAAUUACAUUAACACACAUAAUCUUGUUAACCACCCAACAUUUAUCGUAUAAAACUUUAGCUUUGGUAACGGCAAUCAGAAAAGGGUUUACCCAAGAAAAAUCAUACAACGAAUGGCAAUUGGAUGUUUUGUCCUCUUUAAACCUUUGCGAACAAGUUUUGAAAGCACCUCCAACUUCCCGAAGGCUAUUAAUAGCUAAUUUAGCUCUUUCCGCUAGCGGUUUGUACAGCAAUGAUUUCUCGAAACUCAAACAACUGCUACAGCAACUAGAGAUGAUAAUAAACUUUUCUAAAACACUAAGGGAAUUGAGUUGUUGCUCUUUCAUGAGAUGGCAUAGCAGUUAUAUGCUUCCCAUUUAUUUUACGAAAAUUGUACAAUCCAAACUCGAUUUAUCGCGACAUUCUUUAAUACUUUAUGCUUUAAAUGAUUUUUCAAACGAAUUAACAGAUAAAAUUGUUGAAGAUAAGUUUUACGAACCUAUAGAACAAAUAAUAGAGAGACAAAUCAGACUGCAGACCCAUCUACAUUUACAGUUACCACCAAUAGAACCGUUUGAAAAUUAUUUUUCAAUAAAUUUCAACAAAUACCUACCGAUACCUGUACGUAAUGUAUAUAAAAAUAUAAAAAUUGAUGCCGAGCAUCAUUUGAGUACGAUGUUUUAUAAUUUAACUUCGGUAGUGUUACAUAAUUGGAAAACUUAUGGGGAAAUGAGACGAUUAGCUUAUCUACAAUAUGGUUUAGAAACUAUAGACGAUAACCUUCCUAUACAAACUUUAGAACAAGGACUAGACGUAUUAGAAAUAAUGAGGAAUAUCAAUAUAUUUGCCAGCAAAUAUCUCUACAACCUAAACUCUCAAGUUUUCAUAGAAAGAAAUAGCGAAAAUAAACAUUUAAACUCCAUAAAUAUAUCCCAAGUAGCUAACUCCAUAAGAACACACGGUAUUGGUAUAAUGAACACAACUGUAAAUUUCACUUACCAAUUUUUGAGAAAUAAAUUUUAUAUAUUCUCGCAAUUCAUAUACGACGAACUCAUCAAAUCCAGAUUGAUAAAAGAUUCGAGAUUUUUUUCCGAAUAUAGAAUAGAAUUAGAUCAAAUGUACCCGUACGAAAGAGCAGAAAAAUUCAACGUGGGUAUUCGAAAAUUGGGGUUAAAUCAACAAGGCGAAAGUUAUUUGGAUUUAUUUCGAAAAGUCAUCACUCAAAUUGGUAACGCAAUGGGAUACGUUCGAUUAAUGAGAUCGGGAUGUAGAAGAUGUCUCGCGGACGGUACAUGUUUCAUACCGGAUUUAAAAAAGAAAAAUCUAGCUGAAGUUAUCGAAAAUGAAGAAUUACCGGAUUUAACGAGAAAAGCUGCUGGGAAAGUAAUCGAAAUUCUAAAUACAUAUUUGGAUAAUAUAGAAGAUAUCACUGAAUACUUUCAGUUAUUGGUGAAAGUUUUUGUACCGGUACUAAGAAACAAAAGUAAUUUGCAUUUGAAAUAUUUUUUCAUUAUAGUACCUCCUUUAACGAUCAAUUAUAUAGAGUAUUCUUUGAACUGCAAGGAUAGAUUGAACAAACGCAACAAAACUGAAUACGCCUUCACCGAUGACGGUUUCGCUUUGGGACUGGCUUACAUUAUAGAAAUAUUGAAUCAAGAAGAACAAGUUAAUGGUUUACAUUGGUUUCAAUCCGUUCAAAAGAAAAUUAACAACGAUAAAACUAAAAUAAAAGAACAAAUUUCCGAUGCGAAUAAUUCUGAUAAUAAAUUGAGGCAGACGUUAUUGUUGACCGAAAAAAAACUGAAUGCACACGAACGGGAAUUUAAACUUUUAUAUUACGGUUAUAAUAGCGCUCGAUUAUUUUUUCAAACUCAAACCUAAUAAAAACGUAUUUAGAAUUAUUUAUGGAACCGUUUGUGAUAUCCAUAUUUACUACACAAACAUUACACUGUUAGACAGGCGUUUUGACAACCAAGCUAGUAGUCUAGUCAACAAGUGCUUUUUAGAUCAAAAAUUAUUCGCCGGCUCUCCAAAAUAUGGUUGAAAUUACAUUCGAUUCGUAAUCGCAUGUAGAAAGUUUUUGGAAAAAUUGAGAACGCGCUCACAAAAAUUACAAAAGUUUCGCGUGUAUCUCAAAAACUAUUCGAAAAGCGGAGGAAAUUUCCUAAGAAAAGUUUUAACUCCUGCUAUUGUAAGUCCGAAGGCAGGCAGGUGGGUAAUAAUAUUUUCGGACCUGGUUCUUACGUUAUAUUCCUUACAUCAUGUCAUUCCAUUAUUUCCAUAAAAUUGAUGGAUUUCAACCGGAUCUGCGAGAUUUUGUUGGCCGUCGACCUCCAGCAUUUCUGGGUUUUCUUCUUUGGCAUCCUGUUCUAAGUCAAGGUUUCGUCGACUUCUUCGGAAUCAUCCUAAUCAAUAAAGUUUUCGUCAUUUUCUUCAUCUUGCCACUGUCUUUGGAGACGUCUCUGCUCUUCUUAGACAAAUGGAGUGUGAGAAACCCCAAGCAACUUUGAAACGGUCCUAUUCGUACUGUGUCUAUGCUGGAUCUAUGCUUUCAACAACCACAUGUAGAGGAAAACUUAGUUUGAAAGUACUGAGGCGCUAGCGUCGUUUGGCGGUCAAUUUGAAUAUUUUUUCUGCAUUCUUCAAAGGCUGGGGAUUGUCAUACCUCACCUGUCCAAUGCUGGGUUAAAUUGUAUUCAGUCAAAUUUCGAUGGGUAAGGGCCCGCUGCAUCCGUUUUAUCUUGUUUUGUGGCAUUAGAAAAGCUUUAGGAACGGCGACACGACCUUACAACUUUGCAUUCUGGUGCUUGCAUACUUUUCCCACAAAAACUCUUCUGCGCAUGCAUCAAUCAUCAUGACUUUUCACGCCCAGAGAGAUCUUGAUGAGAUCUAUCGAACAAAGUUAUCCACGGUUCGAUAUCUGAUAGCCUUCAUGAGAUAAUGGCCACUUCCGGUAUAUUCGGAAGUGAAUGUUUCCGUAUAAAAUAAAUAUGAUAAAUCUCUUUCUCGUCAUCAAUAUAUAUAGCCUUAUACCAUGAUGGUUGUUAUACCUAUUGAUUGAAUUUAGAUUGAAAAUAAACAAGUGAUUUGUAUUAAAAUAGAAUAUAGCUGUUAUACAGGGAUGGAAUAUACUCUGAGAGUCUGUAAUUUGGAAUAAAUUUCACGAUUAUAUCGGAUUAGUAUUUCCAAUUGCGAUUUUUGAGCAGUAGUAGCCAUCAAAAUGAAAGUGUUGUAACUUAACAUUGGCGUCUUAUCUCAUUAACUAACAUCCUGUAUACAUUAUUAUUGUAUAUAAAAUACUAAUCGAAAACUUUCGAAAAAAAACUGAAUUUAUUCUAAAUCGCAGAAUCAUAUUAUAGUAGUUAUUAUUUGGAUAAAUAAAUAUAUAUUUUUUGUAAAUUAUUGAAUUUAAAUAAAGUAUUCAAAGUUUCAUACAAA